AUGGCGCGGGCACCAUUUGGCUCCCACGACUUCACCUUCACGUUUGGCCUACGGUCCCAUCCCCGUGGCUCGGCCCAGAAGCUGCCCCUGGCCAGAGGCGUUCUGCUGUGUGCAGGUGGCGGGUUAGACAGGCGCACCGGAACCGAUGGGAGCCACUUUGGGCAGCACCUCAGAAACCAAGUUCCCCUGUGGCCAGUCCCGGUCCCUUGGGGGCCUUGCCUUCGCUUGCCCUGUUGGGGGGAGCAGCCAGCAGACCCGCCUCCCGCCCUGACAGUUCCCCUCCGGCAGGUGUUCUUCCAUGACGUGGAAGUACUCGCCCAGAAGCUCUUGCCCACCGUGGAGGCAAUGCAGAAGCUCUUCAGCGCUGGGGCUGGCAGCUACUAUGCUGACUCCAUUUUCUUCCUCUCUGUUGCUAUGCAUCACAUCAUGCCCAAAGAGAUUUUGCGGAUCGUGCAAGUGGACCUGGAUGUGGAAUACCGGGCCAAUAUCCGGGAACUGUUUCAGGAAUUUGACAAUUUCCCAGAGGGAGCUGUGAUUGGCAUUGCCCGAGAAAUGCAGCCGGUUUAUCGGCACAUAUUCUGGCAGUAUCGGCAGGAGCAUCCCGGGACCAAGGUGGGGGAGCCGCCUCCUGACGGGCUGCCCGGGUUCAACAGUGGGGUGUUGUUGCUGAACCUGGAGGCCAUGCGCCAGUCGGAGCUUUACAACCGUCUGCUGGAGCCAGCGGUGGUGCAGCAGCUGGCCAACAAGUUCCACUUCAAGGGCCACCUGGGUGACCAGGACUUCUUCACCCUCGUGGGCAUGGAGCACCCUGAGUUGUUCCACGUUUUAGACUGCACCUGGAACCGCCAGCUCUGCUCCUGGUGGCGCGACCACGGCUACAGCGACAUCUUUGAGCACUACUUCCGGUGCGACGGCCACGUCCGGAUCUACCACGGCAACUGCAACACGCCUAUCCCGACAGAGUAGCUGCUGCUCGGGGGCGGGGGGGCUGCCGCACGCCAGACUCGAGGGGCAGCGGCAGACGCACGUGUGGAGGUCUGAGGCGGCGUCUUGUGGCUUCCUGGGAAACAGCCCAGCAGCCCAAGCCAGUCCGCCCAGGGGUUGCCCGGUGCCGUUUCCUCCCCGGGAGGAAGCCGCUGCCUGGAGCUGCACGUGGUGCCUGCCCCUCGGACUGCGGGGGGCAUGUUGGGCAGAAGGGCCGUGCAGCCAGAGCGUCCUCCGCCUGUCAGCGGGGCAGUCUUGAGUGUUUGGGCUUGGCCUGGAGAGGAGACGGCUGGGCUUCGUGUUCAGAGGAGAGGCGGCCCGGCCCCCCUCCCC